AUGGUGUGCCAAACGCAGAGAUCCAUGCUAAUUUCAGCAAUAUCAAAUGUUCAAAAUUUAAACCAAAGUAGAAUACGGCUCAGAUUGUUUAGCUCAAGUGUAUCAAGAUAUAAUGAACUUGAUGAUGUUUUUGGCCCACAAAAAUCUGGCCUGUUGCAAGAUUCACAAGCUGAUAAUUAUGAAUUUGGUCGCAAUAAUCAUCCUACUCUCAAGCACCUGGACCGUAAAAACAAUAGACGUACACAUGGGAAGUUCGAAGAGUCAGUUGUUCCUGAUGAUGAAUCAUAUCCCGAUUAUGACCCAGCUGCCAGAGAUAAAGUUGCUCGAUCACUUGGACGGAGACCUGAAUUUGCACAUCUAUAUACAAAGAAUGAAAAUGUACUUCUCAGAAUUUCUGAAGGUUGGAGAAGCCCAGAACAAUAUGCCGACGCCUUUAGAUCAAAAUUUUCAGCAAAUAGUACAUACCAAAAAAUAUGGUCUAAUAAUUUAGGAACAUUGGAUUUAACCAAAUUGAAAUCACCAGUGGAUUUUGCUAUGGCUAAACCAGAACAACUGAAACGUGAUAUGAAUGAGUAUAAAAGAAAAUUUGGUAAAACUUUCACCACUGAAAAGGAUUAUGUUGCUGUUAAUAAAGAGAUCGAAGAGAAUGUGUGUCCAAGAGUUUUUGAAAAAGGUGAUGUUGUCAUAUUAAGCAGCUCAGUUGGAAGCUUGGGCGAUAAAGCCAUUGUUGUUUCAACGGUCCGAGAUGAGAACUAUUUGAAAGCCAUUAAAAUUGGUAACACGAGUAUAACAAAUGCAAAAGAUGGUUACAUUGUCGUUAAAAUAAGACAUCCACUGACUGAUCCCUUAUACAUUUAUGAUAAAACGGUUGACAUGAAAUCUGGGGACAGAUGGAAAGGGUUUGGUGCCCGUGUUGAAAUUGAAAGUGGUGAGACACUUGUACAUACUGGUUAUCGUGUUGAUUUUGAUUUUUUGCAUAAUAAAGACUUGUUUGACCAUUUCAAGGAUCCUAUUGAAAGACCAUUUAUUGAGGAGAAUAUUUUGAUUCCUGAGUUGAAAGAACGUUUCUUGUCCAGAAAAGACUUAUUUUUAUGGGUGGGUGUUGGUAAUUCAGCACAUAUAAGAGCAGAGAGAAGCUAA